UAGUCGGAGGUGUUAGUUGUCAAUAUGGCUGUUGUCAGACAGACAAAGCAGAGAGGCAAAUAAUUCGCCUCUGAUUAGAAAUCCUUGGAAAAGGGUCGCAUAGGGCACUGUCAUCAUACUGCUCAAUUGUUGGUCUGCAGCAAACGACACCGCUGGCUUUAGCUCUAGUUUUAAAGUUAAAUGGUUAAGUGGACGGUCUAAACCGAGCAGCAGGAUGUCUGAGUUCAGUGAGGAGCCGCGCUUCACCAUAGAGCAGAUAGAUCUGCUGCAGCGGCUGCGUCGCACUGGCAUGACCAAGCAGGAGAUCCUGCAUGCGCUCGACACUUUGGACCGGCUGGACCGGGAGCACGGCGACAAGUUUGGCCGUCGCACCUCUUCCUCCUCCUCCUCCUCAUCCUCUUACGGAGUAGGCGGGGCAAACAGCUGCACUAACAACUCUGCCUCCAACACCACAAACACAGCAUUCAACAAUAACACCACUGCCUCGGCAACCACCACCUCUUCUGUGUCAUGCAAUGGCAGCAACAACAGCGAAGGCAGUGGCGGAGCGAUAACUGGCGCUGCCUCCUCUUCCACAACCUCCAAAAUCUCCACGGCCACGCAGACGCAGUUCAACAGUGGUGGGGGACUCUCGCCAUGUCCCAGCAACAGCUAUGACACGUCCCCACCUCCAGGUCCGCCACCGCCCUCUGCGAUCCUGCCGUCACCAGUGUCGCUGGUGGCGCUAGCCCAGAAUGGUCGGGACAGCCUUGCUGCAACGCCCAAUGGAAAGCUGUCUCCUCCACGCUAUCCGGUUAACAGUGCGGCAGCAACGCGGGCAUUUGGGUUUGAGGCUACAGAGGAAGACUUGGACAUUGAUGAUAAGGUGGAGGAGCUGAUGAGAAGGGACAGCAGUCUGGUAAAAGAGGAGAUCAAAGCUUUCCUGGGGAACAGGAGGAUCUCUCAGGCCGUUGUGGCACAAGUGACUGGCAUCAGCCAGAGCAGGAUCUCCCACUGGCUGUUGCAGCAUGGCUCUGACCUGAGUGAGCAGAAGAAGAGAGCCUUCUACCGCUGGUACACGCUGGAGAAAACCACGCCAGGUGCCACUUUGAACAUGCGGCCUGCACCGCUGCCUCUGGAGGAGAUGGAGUGGAGACAAACUCCACCGCCCCUUACCACUGCUCCUGGAACCUUCCGGUUGCGCCGAGGAAGCCGCUUCACUUGGAGAAAAGAGUGCCUGGCUGUGAUGGAGAGCUACUUCAAUGACAACCAGUACCCAGAUGAGGCGAAGAGGGAGGAGAUAGCAAAUGCCUGCAAUGCUGUAAUUCAGAAGCCAGGGAAGAAGUUGUCUGAUCUCGAACGGGUUACCUCUCUAAAGGUCUACAACUGGUUUGCCAAUCGACGCAAAGAGAUCAAGAGACGAGCCAACAUUGAAGCCACAAUCCUGGAGAGUCAUGGGAUAGAUGUCCAGAGCCCGGGGGGCCACUCAAACAGUGACGACAUUGAUGGGAACGACUUCACGGAGCAGGCCUGUGACCUCCCGUAUUUUGACAAGAGACCUCUCAGCCGACCAUUUGGCCUUUACCGGUUGGAGCCCACUUCGCCAACACAGGACGAUGGCGCGGCACACAGCGAGCACCAGGACCCUAUCUCUCUGGCUGUGGAAAUGGCUGCCGUCAACCACACCAUCCUGGCCCUAUCCAGAACCGGAGGGGUACCCAACGAUAUCAAAACCGAGUCCUUAGAGGAUGAAUGAACAACACGGAACUGGAAAGGGAGCAAGGGAUUGAAAAAUAGAGUCCAGAGGAGCAAUAGAGGGGAGGAGGGAAUGUAAAUGAUGGCGAAAUAUGGGGAGCUAAAAAAAACAACAACAAAAAAUAAGAAAAAAAGCUCAAAAUAAUGCUACUUAGUAAACCUAUCAAAUCUACUCCAUCUCUGCUGGCCCCUUCCCCUUCCUCUUCUCCUCUCCGGCAUCGUCACAUGUAAACAGUAAAUACCAAUGCCCAUUUUACUCAAUGUAUUGACACGGCUGGUGGAUGUGGGCCACUGUAGGCCCCUUGUUCUCCUCUGUGAAAAUGAUCCUCUGAAACGAGACGGAAAAAAUGGGGAAUCCAAUGUCUUUUAACUCUCCAACCACUCAAAACGGUGGCUCCCAUUUUGGACUGCGUUUCCCAGAAAUACCCCCCCUCUCCAACACUCUGCACACUCUCUGCUCACAGGAUACCUCUUUCCUCUUCUAUGCCACCUUUUCCCCUUCCCUUUCCAGCCUGGUCGUCUGAGCCAAUCCUCAGUCUAUCUCACCUCAACGUCAACCUCAGAAGAUUUAACGCGUACUGUAUAUAAGAUAUAUAUACAUAUAUGGUUCUUAAGGUUCUCAGUCAAUCUCGCCUCAUGUUGUGCUACCUGUCUGCCCGUCAAAUUCACUUCAUCAAUGUGCAAUCCAUCAGAUGAGAAGCCUCUUUGUUACAAUCUUUGGAAAGACUGAGAGCUUCCUUUCUUUUCAAGAAUAUUAUCAACAAACACAAAUUGUGUGGUCAGUCUUUUAAGCUGUUUAUCUUUUCAUUCCAAAGUGGAAUUGUUUGCUUAGUUUGCUCGCUGGGAAGCUGCUAACUGUGGAUUAAAAACAAACAUCUACGUUCCGAAAAAAUGUCUGCUGAGAAGAAGUAGCCUUAACCUCAUACAGACGCCUUUUCCUUUUUUUCUUGUAAUAUUUCACAUGUUUCAGGCACCUAUUUGAAACAUUUUGGAACACCAAAACACAGUACAAAUGACCAAAAUUAAUGUCCUAUAAUUUUCCAACAACACCCACAGCAGGUAUAGCUUUGUCAAUUCUGUUUUUUGUUGAAUUGAACGCUUAAUAUACAACUAAUUGUUUGGCCUUUUUUUAUUUCUUCUUUUUUUAAGCUCCCCGGUCACAAUAUUUGUAAGCACUGGAAUCCAAGGGUCAGUCUGUGGGUCCAUGCGCUAAUGAUACGAAACAUCUAAGAUAUCCAAUUAUGGAAACCUGUGCAUUGUUUUAAUGUCAUCCAUGCCAAAGGUAAAGAUGCUGAGCCUGAUCCCAGAACAGUGUUCAUGUGAAUCCAAAGUGAUUUCUUCUUAAACCUUUGGUGUGUGUGUGCGUCUUUUUUUUUUUUUCCUUCUCUUCUGUUCAGUGAAUCUCAGCAAACCGAUGUAGAAUCCACACUACAGCAGACGUGUCAGCAAAGCUAGCUAUAUAUAAACACUCACAAUUAUGAUGAAAUACCCGAAGCUAUUUACUACUUCUGUGACGCUGCCUUUUUUUAUCUGCCUUUAAUACCCCGUUUUGAUUUUAGAGAAAUAUUUUUCAGUUAAAGUAAAUCCACACUUGAAAAUGGUGAGAAUAGAUGUUUGAAGAGUAAGAGCCUUAAAUGUGACUAUUGAAAGGAAUCAGGCUAAUGCACUCAAAGUGAUUGUUGGAAGUUGUUCCUCAUUGUAUUUUUGUCCUCAACAGAACUCGUCCAAAACCAUCUCCAUCUGCAAACCAAACCUGUAUAUUGGCUCUGCAGAAAUGUCAAGUAUUAACAAUUGUUAAUGAUUUUUUCUGUGAAAGAUUUUCUGAGAUUUGGCUUUAGGGAGACCAGGUUAAAAUUGUUGCUAGAAUGUUUAAUAAGCUGUUUAUUUUAUUUGCCAGGAGUUGGAUGAGGAGAUUGAUGGCACUGCCAUGUCCACAGUCUAAUUGGACGGAUCCCAUAUUUUUCUGCUUUAGACAAAGGGAAACUGAAGCUUAAGACCAGCAGAUUUUUAUUAAAAAAGAGUUCCCUUGCUGAUUUCAAUAAAAAAAUGUAGUGUUACAGUCAUCAGCUGGAGUCUCACCUUCUCUUCCAACUGUCAAUUAGCAUAGAAUUGUAUUACUGACUUACAUUUGUUUCUAAUUAGGUUUGAAGUAUGUUGUCUAUAUGGUCAAAAUGGCGAAUUUAGGGUUUAAAAAAUCAACUUUUACAAUGUCAUGUCAUUGUCUUACAUAACAUACAGUCACGGUCAAACUCAGAAACAUCACACUCCUUUCAUGCUGCCCAUCAGAGGAAAAUUGCAAAAACACCUCAACAUAAGAUAAAAAUGUAGUUCUGCAAUUUUUCAACUAUUCCCAUAGAUCACUCUCCGUGAAUAGUAAUCUGUGGAGAAUGGCAGUUAUCUAAUCAUUCAACUCAUGGCAUAAGAAACUAGUAAUUCAAUUCCCUACGAUGUUGAGCUCCUCCUGUACAGGCAUUUCAGUCUGAUGGUUUUGGACAACCAGAAAAAUAUAUUGAUCAGAUGUUCGAAUUGGUUUUAUUUGUAAAAGGUGACCUGUUACAACACUGAAAGUGUUUUGAUAUCUACUCUUAAAGCUGUGUGGUAAUCCUCUGGCAAACAGUCCAGUAAAGCUCCAUUUUUAUUGUGCUUUAAUGUAAGAAGCUGCAAUACAAUGAUACAGAACUGUUUUUGAGAGGGUAUAACGUUGAGAAAAAAAUAUGUGUAUUUAUGCUGAUUUUUUUAUGAUAAUGUACAAAAUGGAAUGGCGUGUUUUCAAAUGAAACAUGCAUUAUCGUUAAAUUAUGCUCUUAAAUUUCUCCUUUUUAUUAUUAUAAUUUUUUUAAAUGAUCAUUUUGUUUCUUUUGUCAUCCCUCAUUUGACUGAGCAACAGUCUCCACUCUGAUUUCUAUCCGAGGUAGUAAGCUGUGUUACAUAGGGCGAAUGAUGAUGCACCUUAUGAAAAUCCAGUAUCGCCAUUAACAAAGCUUGAAAUGUGUGGAGCCUUCCUCUGAAGUGGCGAACGUCCAGUGUUCUGUACUGCGGGUUGUGUGAGUGUGACAAGUGUGUGUGGGGUGCAGGGACGUUUUAGCACAGCUUUUUUUUUUUUAUCAACCACUUCAAGUCAAAUCAAGUGUAUUCAUGAGACCCCCUCUUCCAUGGUGAAAUUUGGGCCUUUUUAUAGUUGAAUCACAAGUAAUGCAUAAAGAAUAUGCUUUCAGUUUUUACCGUUUGGUUUGAGCUGAAUGAAAAUGAAACCCCUGUUGUUCCACUGCCAGACUAAAAACUAUAGUAGCCAUUAGAUGGACAUCUGUUUCUGUUCAUCGUAAGUGAAUAAAAAAUCUACAGUUUACCACAGAGGUGCUCAGCUCUGUUCCUCAGUGCACACCACCCCACGUUUUCCAUGAUCUUGUCCAUUACGUCUGGAUCAAAUAAAUUCAAAUUCUUUUUUUUUGUUGGAAAUCAUGGAACAUGCAGGGCAAUGUGCUUUGAGGACCAGAGUUGGGGAAGCACUGGUUGAAAAAUGAGGUGAAGCACCUGAACGAAAAAGAAGAAACGCUACUGGAUAUAGGCAGCACAUUUCAGUGUAGUUUGGUUUGACAGCAUUUCACAGGAUUGUGAAAUCAGUCAUGGAAUGUUUAGGGGUGUGGGGGGGUUCGGUUACUGCAGAUAUGAAUCUUUUACUUUGAGACACUUUAAUUAACUGCCUUUUUCUUCACAGAACGCCAUAGUGACAACAAAAACAUGUUAGCAAAGAUCAGUGUUAAUUAUGAAUCAUUUUUCUAUGUUUGACCUCUACAGAAAUGUUUGCUCGGUGGAAGGAACAACCCUCAGGUUCUUUGUCUUUUUGUUUUUUGCGUGUGUGUGAUCACGUAGAAAAAUACACUAAUUUUCCCCAGACACCUGAAACAAGCCCCACUUACCGUCAUGUGUGCCAGCAAUAACGCUAACGCGAGUGGGUGUUUUCUCGUGGUAUGUCAGGGUCAAUGUGUCUAAAUGUCCGUCCCAGUGUCUACUCCCAGUGAAACACCAUCCACUUCAUUUCAGUAUAGCUCAGAAAAAGAGGACUUAAUGCUGUUGUAUCACUCACAGACCUAGUUAUGUUCAAAAUUACUGUAUUGCCCAUUUCAGAAUUUAGUGCCUUUUUUGGACAGUAGACUGUUCUGUAAUUAAGAUGUAGUAUAUAUACAUUUUUUGUACAGUUUCUUUGUUCAUUUUUUUUUACUUGUGUUUAUUUUAGUAUAAUAUAA